UAACUUAUUUUCUAGUUUUAAUUUGUUUGUAAACAAUGUGGUUAGAUUUUAGAGAAUAGAGAAAGCAGGUCAAUUUGAUAUUAAUAAAAUAUGGGAAUUAAUUAAAAAUUUAAACUACGUAGUUAAAUCAAUUUGUUUCAGUAAUUUUCUUGAAAAAUAAACUAGAACUUCUGUUUGCGUAUUUUGAAUUUUGGCAUGCAAUAAUAUGAAUUAAAUAUAAAAAUUCUGUUUGAAUCAUUAUUGCUUUUAAAUAUGGUCCGUUACCUCAUCCGUGUGGGAUAUAUUGGAACUAAAUAUAAGGGUAUUCAAAAACAAGCUGUUAAUCAAAAUGAUACAAUCCAAGAUGUUGUAGAGAGCGCAUUGUUGACUUUGAAACCUAGAAAUAUUCCAAACACUCAUUUUGCUAGCAGAACUGACAAAGGAGUGCAUGCUCUAAUGAAUGCAUUCCAUGUUGACUUAGAACAUAAAGUGCCUGGUGAAAUUUAUCAACCUCAUCAAAUAAGGAUCAAAAUGAAUUCAUAUUUUACAGAAAAUGAUCAUGAAAUUGCUGUCACUAACUCUAGUAUUGUGCCAGAAACAUUUCAUUGUAGAUAUCAUGCAAAAUGGAGAAGUUAUUAUUAUCGUCUUGCUAUUUUGAAGCACGGACUUAAAAUACCAAUAAAUUCUCUUUCUCAUCAAGGUUAUUUACCUACAGCUGAAAUAAAUCGAUGCCAUUUAGUUUCCUCUACAUUAAAUACAAGUAUCGUUAAAAAUGUUACAGAUCUUUUCUGUGGUGAACAUGAUUUUACAACUUUUACUAAGUACUUAGUUAGAGAGCCAUGGAAAAAUCCACGAAGGACAAUUCAUGAAUGUCAGUUUUAUCAAACAACUUAUAAUGGUUUCAUAAAAGACCCUCUUUAUGCUAAUAUAUCCAUGUGGGAAUUUUACAUUCAGUCAAAAGCAUUUCUGUAUCACCAAGUUAGAAAACUGGUUGGAACAGCAUUAUCUGCCGGAUUCGGUUAUUUAUCUUUAUCGGAUGUAAAAUCAAUGCUUGAUAAUCCAGAUCCGGAUAGAUGGAAAUUUUGUCGAUUAGCCCCACCAGGAGGUUUAUUUCUAGCUCACAUAGAAUAUGACAAAAAAGAUUUCAAUGCUCCUAUUUCAUUAAAAGAAGAAGAUAUAGGUAAUGAAAAUGAAGAACCAAAUUGUGAAUAAUUAUAAAUAGUGUAUAUGUAUAUUAUAAUGUAGAUAUUUACAUCAAUAAAAUCACAUAUUUAA